GUCCGCGGAGGCGCUCACGCCGGUGCACGUGGCCGCAGCGUGGGGCUGUCGUGGCGCCCUGGAGCUGCUGCUGAGCGGAGGGGGCGACCCCACGCUGAGAGACCAGGACGGGCUCCGACCCCUGGACUGGGCGCUUCAGCAGCGACACCACAACUGUGCACGCGUGCUGCGGGAGCUGGACGGGCCCCCUGGAGCCCGGGAACCCGCCGCCCCAGCAGACCUUGAACACGCCAUGUGCCGAGGACGCGUCUUUGCGGGGUCUCCUGGUCUCACUACACCUCCGCAUGUGUCACUGGCCUCGGAACAGCACAUGUCCCCAGCUAAGCUGGCAGCUGCAGGGGAGGUGCCAGUAAAGCCCCUAGAGCUCUGUAGCUCGGAGGCCACCAGGAGCCCGGACUGCAGCAGCGACACCUCCUUUGUCACCGCUUUGGAGGACUCUCCACAGCCCCAGCACCCUGCGGGGACACCAGGGUCCGCAGCUGACCCGUGGCUGUCCCGUGGGGCCAAGGCGGCUGGGGACGGGGCACUGAGCUGCCAGCUGCAGGCUCUGACGUUGACCAGAGAGGCCACCAACGUCCCCUCCCAGCCGGGUGACAGGGACCCAGGGGCCUUGCACCCACAGGGCCCAGUGUCCCCCAUGUCUGACCUACAGUUGCUCCAGGCCCUCCGGGCACUGGGCCACAGUCCUGGCCCAGUCACGCCUUUCACCCGUGGAUACUACCUGCGGCGGCUGCAGGAAGCCCAGGCUAGCCUAGGGCACAGCCCAGAACUGGCCGAGGCGCUGAAGACCGGCCACGUCCCUGACUGUCAGGCGGAUGAGGCCGCCCUGGCUCAGCACUUUCAGCGGCUGGAUCCUGCGAAGAGGUGGCGGGAAGGUGUCACAAAGUCAAGCUUUACAUAUCUUCUUCUGGACCCCAGGCAGACGCAGGGCCUGCCUGCCCGAGCCUCCUCCCUCACACUGGCCGAGUGUCUGCAAAGUUUUGUGCGAGCCAUCUUCUACGUGGGCAAGGGGACCCGUGCCCGGCCAGAUGCCCACCUCUGGGAAGCCCUUGGUUACCGUGAGUGGCCAGGCAAAAAGGCUUGUCCCAAGAUACAGCGGAUCUUAGCCAUCUGGGACAGCGGCCGUGGUGUUAUCUCCCUACAUUGCUUCCAGCACGCCGUAGCCGUGGAGGCAUACACUCGGGAGGCCUGUCUGUUGGAUGCCCUAGGGAUCCAGACACUGACCAACCAGAAACAGGGGCACUACUAUGGAGAGGUGGCCUACUGGCCACCCACACGGCGCCGACGUUUGGGAGUGUACCUGCUACAUCGGGCCUUGCAAGUCUUUCUGGCUGAGGGGGAACGAGAGCUGAGACCUCAGGACAUCCAGGCCCGAGGCUGAGUGCUGAGGAUGCAGCUGAGCCAUCGGGGUGUCUGAGCAUCCCAGGGACAGGUCCCUGACUGUGCCCCCUGCUCCGGCUUCAAAAGCAGAGUGUGUGUGUGAGUGUGUAUGUGUAUGUGUGUGCUUAAAUCUGUGAGUGAUGGUGUGUCCCAGUGCUUCCCAGUGUGGUAAACCAGUUGUUGAGGGAGCAGAAGGUUCUCUAGAAUGUUCUACUUUGUCUCCUUGUCUUGUCUUUUGAUGCAAGGAGAGCUUGGGAAAGAGACCAGGCCAGGCAUGCUGGCAGUGGCCCACCACCACCUUUGGGAGUGUGGGGCAGGAAGAUUGCUAAGCUGGAGGCCAGCCUGGGUUUCUCAGUGAGACUGGAAAUUGACAGACAUAUAUUUGUAUUUGCUUAGAGGCCUCUGUGUGUAUUUGAUGGUGACAAUCCUUCCCCCGUGGGUGUCCACAGGCUGGGUGCCUGUAGGUGCUCAAGGUCUUGGGAGCACAUCUAAGAUCAAGUGAGGCUGAAGGGCUUGGUCUGACUGGUGUGUGUGUGUGUGUGUGUGCAGUGUCACCAGAUCUGCCCCCUCCACAACCCUGUGCUGUGUCUAGCCCCUUGGUCUCUAAGCAUCCUGCCAGCAUGAAGAUGUGGCCUGCCUACCUGGUUCUCCUUCUUCUCCAUCACCAAGGGGCUGUCUCCUCCAUGAGCAGCAGGAUCUGUGGGCACACCAGGAAGUUCCUCCUGCUGUCUACCCUUCAGCCCCACCCAGGAGGAUCCCCGGAAUGGCCUGUCACCCUGCUGGAACCUCACCAGGAUGCCCGGGAAACCCUGCUCUCCUCCCUGGAGGGCCGACACCUAUCUGGGGCCACGUCCCCUGGAAGCCCCGCUGAGGAAGAUUACAUCUGCAGAGCUACCAGAUGACAGCACUGCCCCGGCAAAGGUCGCGCCCUGGAAGUACACUUACAAUAGAUCACGCCCAUCCAUACCAAGCCUACCAUAAGCCAGACCCACUUAACCCCAAGCCACGAGAAAGUUUGUUGCCUAUAAAUCCUACUUAGAAGCUGUGAACCUGGGGCAGCCCUGUUGGCUUGUAUCUGGAUUCACACAUUGAGAGCCACACCCUCCAGAAGCCACGCCCAGGCCCUCCAUACUCCUGGCUGCUCCAAAUGGCAACCACUCUGCUUCAUUCAAGUGCUAGCCAAGGUCUGGUUGUGGGCCAGGAACCAGGUUCCCUGCUCAAAAUUUGUUGUUUUUGUGUUUUUUGCUUUUUUUUUUUUUUUUGAUAUAGGGUUUUUCUGUGUAACCUUGGCUGUCCUGGAACUCACUCUGUAGACCAGGAACUCAGAGUUUUGCCUGCUUCUGCCUCCCAAGUGCUGUGAUUAAAGGUGUGUGCCACCAUGCUUGCCUCUAUCUCAAAUUCUUGAUGUCACUGUGGAGCUGGCAAAAGGAGAAUUAAUCAUUCGCAAGGGUGUAGAGCCCUGAGGGCCUGGGAUGUCUGAGUGCUGGCUUAGCAUGCAGGAGGCUUUGGGGGUGCAAUGGGUUGAGGGGUCAGUAGAGGGACUCCAGCCCUGCCAGCUGGAGUUGCUCAGUGGAAUUCCAUCUCAAUACAACGAAACCUUGGGCUUGUGUUUCGGUGUCCUUAGAAAGGGGCUAGCUGUCUCUGCUUGUCAACUUCCUUAGAAAAGGUUUUAGGUAGCUUGCACUGGUGGGGCAGCCUGUGAUUCUGGCAGGAGGGUCAGAAGUUGAAAGCCAGGCUAACUGUAUAAUGUGUUUACUGUCACCUUCAGUUAGGACUCAUAGAGCAAAGAAAUAAAACUCAAAGCCGGAAA